GUGCUCGUACGCGUUUAGUGAGCCCCGACACCAAGCAAUGCUGGCCUACUAUUGCGUCUACAUAUUCUUGUUCCUAUUAAUACUCCUCGCUCUAUGCUGUGUGUACCGGAAGAGCGGCGCCGGCAAGAAACUUAUUGGACCGGCCUACAUAGUCGCGUUGGUAUUCGAAAUCAUUGCCUACAUACUCGACCUGGCCAAUCUCAUCAUGACACAGUGCGGGAUCUACAACAACCAUGCAUAUGAGGCCAUUUACACUACUGCCAAUAUUCUCUACAACCUGGGCAUCUGGGCACUGCUCUUUGUUGUGCUCUACACCCUCAACAGCAUGCUACGCAGGCAACUUGGUUCUCCGGGUAGAAUCGUCACGGGCAUUCCGCUAGCCGUGUGCGGAAUCGUGCUCGCUCUCACCAUCGUCUACCUAGGCCUCGUCAGCUAUACCUGGCUGAACAGGGCGUAUAACUACGACAUAUCAUCCGAUUCCCUUGUUCAUCCUACCCAAAGGCUCGUUUUAGCAUUGAGAGCCAUCUACUUGUUCAGCGUCAUGCUCUCCUUUGCUCUUUCAGCAAUGAACAUUUCCGCACUACGGAGAGCACGUUUGCCUGGCGGAGAUCUAGUCGGCUGGGUCGUCGUCCUGCACGUGUGCAUGUUUAUCUGGGCACUCCUCGCAGUCGUAUGGACGGGAAUGAGCAUCUUCACUUACGACUGGGCACUGGAAGCUUCUCUCGCUGUCAUGUAUGUCACCGCUUUCUUCAGGACCAUUAGCUUCGUUGUUUUACUCGGCAUCGCAAAGCACGUGUGCUGGAGAAACAAGGUACCUGCUCAGCAGGUCUACGCGCCUGUCAUGCACCGACAAGGAGAACAUGGAUAUAAUGGUGAGGAGCAUAAUUACUACCAAGCCCCACCGGAGAUCUUUCAUGCCAAAUAAAGAGAAGAAAGAGGAGAGGUCGCGAAGAGGGGUGGCGCGUGGCUGUUGCUGUGGCUUCUGUCGAGACUUUGGUUCAUGUCGU